CCUGCAAGAGAGAAGAGAAGGGGAGGGAACGAAAGCACCCACGAUAAACAUGGCAGAGAGAGGAGAAAGUUAAGCAGCAUAUGGAGUGUCUACUGUCUAAGAUCUGAUCUGCAGUGGAACCAUCAGCUGAAGUGGAAGCAUAAGGACCCCAGUCUCCUCCUGCGUCGGGCAUCUGGACAGAAAAGCUGCUACAAACUGUAACUGCCACUCACUGGGAUGUGUUAAAAUCUUGCCUGUGUUUUGAACCCCUGCCCAUGUGACUGGGAUUGCCUGUGAAGCUCCAGCCAAACCACAAGUACCACAACAACGGAGCAUCCGGAACUCAUCAAUGUUUAACGGCUUAAUGGCUGUGGAUGUUUCGUUCUGAUUUAUGAUUGAGCCUCAUCGCCAUUCCCACCUCACAUCAGAUUUACAUCGAGCUUCUGCAGUGCUACAUUUAACUGCACCUAGCAUAGGUCACAGUUGUCUCAUUCAUUAUUUACACACUUACAUCUUUGUGUAAAAAAAAGAAAAACAACAACUGAGUGUGACCCCAAGCUGAUAACCCUGAAAAUCCAGGAUGGUGGAGCCUAUUUGUGCCACUGGCAUGGCUGCCAGGCUGAGGAACCAGUGGGAUCGCAACGACGGUCUGGGCCAGAACUACAAUGCGGUGAAGUUUUUGGGUCAGGACUUUGAGUCUAUGAGAGCUCGCAGUCUCCAGAGCGGCAGAUUGUUUGAAGAUAACCUCUUCCCGGCCUCGGCUUCAUCUCUGGGAUUCAACGAGCUUGGACCCAGAUCCUCCAAGACCCAAGGAGUCCGCUGGAUGAGACCCACGGAGCUCUGCAAACGGCCUGACUUCAUCGUUGACGGGGCGACUCGCACAGACAUCUGCCAGGGAGCUCUGGGUGACUGCUGGCUGUUGGCUGCCAUCGCCUCGCUGACCUUAAACGAAGACCUCCUUCACAGAGUGGUUCCACAUGGGCAGAGUUUUAGGGACGGAUAUGCCGGUAUCUUUCACUUCCAGUUCUGGCAGUUCGGUGAGUGGGUGGAGGUGGUGAUUGAUGACAGAUUGCCAGUGAAGGAUGGAAAGCUACUGUUUGUGCACUCAGUGGAGGGAAGUGAGUUCUGGAGUGCACUGCUGGAGAAGGCGUAUGCCAAACUAAAUGGAUGUUAUGAGGCUUUGUCUGGAGGCAGUACUUCAGAGGGUUUUGAAGACUUCACCGGAGGCGUGACAGAGAUGUAUGAGCUGAGGAAGGCACCCUCGGACAUGUUCAGCAUCAUCGGCAGGGCCAUAGAGCGAGGGUCCCUGCUGGGCUGCUCCAUAGACAUCACAAGUUCAUCAGACAUGGAGGCUGUCACAUUCAAGAAGCUGGUGAAGGGACAUGCAUACUCUGUGACUGGUGUGGACGAGGUGGUCUACAGAGGAAAUCUGACCAAGCUGGUUCGGAUCAGAAAUCCCUGGGGAGAAGUGGAAUGGACUGGAGCCUGGAGUGACAACUCCAGAGAAUGGGACAGCGUGGACCGCUCUGUUAGAGGUCGGCUACAAAACCGCAGCGAAGACGGUGAAUUCUGGAUGUCUUUCAAUGACUUCCUGCGCGAGUUCACCCGUCUGGAGAUCUGUAAUCUGACAGCUGAUGCCCUGCAGAACAGCCAGCUGAAGAAAUGGAGCUCCUCACACUUCCCAGGAGAGUGGAGGAGGGGCAGCACCGCAGGAGGCUGCAGGAACUACCCCGCAACAUUUUGGCUGAACCCUCAGUUUAAGAUUUUGCUUCAGCAUCCGGACGUUCCCGGCCAAUCAGACUGCAGCUUUCUGGUCGCCCUCAUGCAGAAGGAUCGCAGGAAGAAGCGGAGGGAGGGUAAAGACAUGGAAACCAUUGGAUUUGCUGUCUACGAGGUUCCAAAUGAGUUUGCAGGCCGGUCAGGUGUUCACCUGAAGCGUGACUUCUUCCUAACGCAUGCGUCCAGCGCCCGCUCUGAACUCUUCAUCAAUCUGAGGGAGGUCAGCUCUCGGCUGCGGCUGCCGGCUGGUGAAUACAUCAUCGUCCCGUCCACCUUCGAACCCCACAAAGAGGCUGACUUCGUCCUCAGGGUUUUCUCCGAGAAGCCUGCGGAUUCUGAGGAGCUCGAUGAUGAAGUAGCAGCAGAUAUUCCAACAGAGACUUUUCUCGAUGAGAGCCAGAUCGACCCGGGCUUCAAGAGUCUGUUCAGACAGUUGGCGGGUCCAGACAUGGAGAUCAGUGUGACAGAGCUGCGAACCAUCCUGAACAGAAUCAUCAGUAAACAUAAAGACCUGAAGACGGACGGCUUCACCAAAGAAUCCUGCCGCAGUAUGAUCAACCUCAUGGACACGGACGGCAGUGGAAAACUAGGACUGUCAGAGUUCCAUGUCCUCUGGGAGAAGAUUAAACGAUACCUGACCAUAUUCCGGGAGUUUGACUGUGAUAAAUCUGGCUCCAUGAGCUCAUAUGAAAUGAGGAAGGCUCUUGCAUCUGCAGGAUUCAGUCUGAACAACCAGCUCUUCCAGCUGAUCAUCCUGCGUUACACAGAGGCAGACAUGACCGUUGAUUUUGACAACUUUGUCACCUGUUUGGUCAGACUGGAGACCAUGUGCAAAACAUUCAAGACCAUGGACACAGAUAAUGAUAAUGUUAUAUCCCUCGGCUUCUGUCAGUGGAUCACCCUGACGAUGUUUGCCUAGACAUGAGUGGACUUCUCGCUCACCGUUGCACUGUGCUCUGCUGCAGCUUCAGGGCACGUCAGUUUCAGAAGUGCCUUUCAUACUCCAGUCUCUGCUUUUCCACCGCUGAGGCUUUCCAAUGUUUAAAGACUUAUAUGAAUCUUUGCAGCACCUGCAAUGUUAUAUCCACAUUCAUUUUUUCCAAGCAGAAAGAAGCCCAUUUCUCUAGUUCCAAAAGUGCACCAUUGGUUUUAUUGUUUUUUUUUUUUUAAUUUUUCAUUCAAUCAUAUAGUUUAGGGCAGAGGCAUAUGGCAUUUUUUUUUAUUUUUUUUUAUUAAACAGAAUAAUGUGACUUUGCCGUAGUGAAAGACAGCUCUAGCAUAUACUAUCAGAAUUGUCGCCUUAAUACCUAAAAAUGCUAACAUGUAGCUAUCAGGUUCAUGUCUGCAUAUGAGAAAAUAAAUGAAAAAAGUAAAAUAAGACACAAACCAAAAGAAGAAUUCCUCAACUGAACUCACAAGUGUCUCAGCAAUAAAGCAUUAGGAUGAAUUGCAAUUUUUUUCUAUAUUAUUAUUAUUAUUAUUAU